AUGGAGGCGCGCGUGCUUCUCCUCGCGCGCGCGGCCGCGUCCGCCGCGGCCGACCGCGGCGCCCAGGCCAGGCUCCCGCGCUACGCGGACCUCUUCUCCGCUGACGACUCGCUCCAGCGCGCGCGGCGCCCGCGGCUCCAGCGGCCGGCGCCGGCGGACCGCGACGACUCGGACGACGCGGACGACGAGCGCGAGCCGCGGAACGGCGCCGAGGCGGCGGCGCGGCGCGAGCUCCAGCGCCUCGGGGCGCCGUCGCGGAAGCGCGCCUACAGCGCCGACGCGCCCGCGGCGGCCACGACCGACGACGACGCGGACCCCCACGCGCUCUUCGUCGCCCAGCUCUGGACGCUCUGA